AUGCUCCGCCAAAGACAGCCUGCCGCCUCUGUAACCGCCGCCCCCAAUCACCCUCAAAAGGCACAGAUACCCACCAUGGCCGCCGCAACGUCAACUACCCUGGACAACGAGCACCGCCCGCUGCUCCCACGCCACGAGGACGACGCGCGCAGCAGCAGUAGCCAGCAAGCUACCGAGGCAGUUGACAACGACGAGGCGACGAAAAGCAUGGCCUGGGCACGGCGGAACCAGUGGAUUGUCCUCGCCGUUGCGAGCGGCGCCUGCGCGGCGUUCAAUGGCGUCUUUGCGAAACUGACCACGACUGAUUUGACAACCGCCAUAUCGCAAGCAAUCUCCAACUUCCUUCACCUGCAAAACAUCGAAGGUGCUUUUGAGGUUAUUCUGCGAGCCGUCUUCUUUGGUCUCAACCUCGUUUUCAACGGCAUUAUGUGGACUCUCUUUACAAAGGCCCUCGCCAAGGGGCAAUCGACCACGCAGGUCUCCAUUAUGAACACGUCCACCAACUUCGUCAUCACCGCCAUCCUCGGCUUCGCUAUAUUCACCGAGGCCCUGCCGCCGCUGUGGUGGGUCGGCGCCGCCAUGCUCGUCGCCGGGAACGUCAUCAUCGGCCGCAAGGACGAGGAGGCCGACAAGCCCGGCGGCGACUAUGCGCCGGUGCCUCAGCAGCCCGGGCUCGCUACCGUGCCGCUCGAUGUUCCGGAUGAAGACAAGGACUCCGAGGAUGAGGACAUUGUUGAUUUAGGAGACAUGAACUCAUCUGAGCACCAGGCUUGA